ACUAAACUGCAUGCCACACUUAUAAUAUACUAACAUUUUAUUCUGCACUUCCAACUUCAACCAUGGAGAAGUGUAAAGAAAGACAACCUCUUUUGAGAUUCAAGGGAGUUAAAUGUAACGGUUUAAGUGAAAAAAUCAAGAAUUCUCUAAGAAAUUCUGAUCCUUGGAAGAUCAUUUUUGCUGUCAAAAUGGGGCUAGCAUUUUCCACUGUAUCAUUUCUCAUAAUCUACAAAGAAAUGAAGGACAUUUCUCAGUAUUCUAUCUGGGCAAUUCUUACUGUCAUCCUUAUGCUCGAAUAUACCAUAGGAGCAACUUUCAUUAAAGGAUUUAAUCAGCUGUUAGGUACUCUAUGUUCUGCAAUACUAGCCUUUGGCUUGGCUGAGCUAUCUUUGAUGGUUGGAAGGGAAGAAGUACUAAUUGUUUGCAGUAUUUUCAUUACAGGUUUUUUUGCGUCGUGUUUGAAGCUGUACACGACGAUGAAGCCUUAUGAGUAUGGAUUUCGAGUAUUCGUGUUGACGUACUGUAUACUUAUGGUAGCCGGGAAAGAAACGAGUGAAUACAGUUCUGAAGGAGUUGUGGAUAGACUGGUGCUAAUUACAUUUGGUGCUACUGUGUGCUUGGUUGUGAAUGUGUGCACAUACUUUAUUUGGGCAGGUCAUGCUUUAAGAAUUUUGGUGGUAAGAAAUUUCAUGGAUGUAGCAAAUUCACUAGAAGGUUGUGUUAAUGAGUACUUAAAAUUUGAUGAAAAUGAGAGAUUCUCCUCAAAGAUCCAAAACUACCAAGCUUAUGAUGAUCCAAUUUACACAGGCUAUCGAUCGGCAGUGGAGUUUACAAGCAAAAACUUAGCUUUUGCUAUAUGGGAACCAGACCGUUUCAAAAUGAUGAAUUAUCCUUGGAGAAACUAUGUUGAGAUAUGUAGUGCAUUGAGGCAUUGUGCAUUUAUGGUCAUGGCACUUCAUGGAUGCAUUCUCUCAGAAAUACAGGCCCCGGAAGCAAAGCAGCAAUUGUUUCAGAGUGAGCUUCGUAGAGUUGGAGCAGAGGCGGCUAAAGUCCUGCGCGAGCUUGGAAACAAACUUGACAAAUUCGAAAAAUCAGGCUCUGAAGACAUGCUAAAAGAGGUGAAUAAUGCAGCAGAGAAAUUGCAGAUAAAAAUAGAUGAAAUGUCAUACCUGCCAAUCAAUUCAGAGAGCUUGGAAAUAAUUGCUAGAAUUCCUACAGAAUUGCAGAAUUCUGAUAAUAAUCUUGAGUUUAAUUCUAGUGAAACUGUGGUCAAUUUGACAUCAUUUACUUCACGUUCAUCUUCGAGCAAAAAGGAGUUCCGAAAAUAUAGGAGUGGAAGUGCAUUAUCUCCGGCCACAUUUGCUACUCUUUUGAUUGAAUGUGUCUCGAGGCUCCAAGGUGUUGUUGAAGCAUGUAAAGAGCUUAGUGAGAGAGCUGAGUUUAUGGAGCCUACUGGACAGUGAUGGAGCCAUAAAAUUAUAUUUGAGCUAUACAUAAAAAUUAAUGUAAAAAAUAUCUAAAAUCACUAAGUGGAUGAAUAUUAGCUUAGAGUUGUAAAUGAACCGAUCCGAGCUCCAAAAUGUUUAUGUUCGUCUUGUUAUAUGAAUGAAG